AUACACCAAAUUAACUUCUAAAAGUGAAACCAGGAAACGAACAGGUCUCAGUGAGACAAUAUUUCUCAGAUUAUUUGGUGAAAUGUAGAACCUCAUUACUAUAUAAACUGCCGUCUGACAGGAGCUGCUGGGAGUCGAACACACCAACAGCAGCGUCCACACUUUCAGUCUCAAACCAACAGUAUCGCGUCCUGCUCGUUAGGUGUCAGUGCAUGAAAUCACAUGGAGGUGCUCUUGCGCUCACAUGACAGACUGAACCAUGGCAGGAGAGAUCAAUGAAGGCUCAGUUCCUGCCUACUACAGGGAAGUGUAUGAGGCCAUCCGCUGCAGGACAGAUGAGAGAGUGCAGGUUGAAGUCUUCCACCGGCUACUCCAGAGGACUGAUCUCUCCAAGGCGGUUCUGAACCAGAUUGCUGAGCAUGUUGACUCCGCAGAUGGAUUCCUGAGCAAGUUGGCCCUCUACAAAGCGCUCGCCCUGAUUGCUCUCGCUCAGCAAGGGAAGCAGCCGAGCCCCAAACUCUUAGAGAACUGCAUACAAGAGUUACCCAGACCUCUGCUUGGAGAGCCGAGGGAUUUGAACGCGUUGAGGAUGCAGCCGGCUCAGGAAGACGUCCUGACGUUGUCGCUGACGCUGGACAGACUUCUGGCUCGAGACACGGUUCAAGUGGAGCUUAUACCUGAGAAGAAGGGUCUGUUCCUGAAACAUGUGGAGUACCAGGUCACCAGCCAGCGUUAUAAAAUAUCAGUUUACAGGCGUUACAGCGAUUUCGACGUCUUCCACGAGGUUUUGCUUCAGAAAUUUGCCUACAGAGUGGUGCCAGCAUUGCCGCCUAAAAGGAUGUUAAAGGGAGUCCUGACCUCAGUCUCCGAACGGGAGUUCAUUGAAGGGAGGAGACGUGCUCUUGGCAGAUUUCUUAACUUGGUGGCUCGACAUCCCUUCUUCUCAGAGGACGAGCUGGUCAAGACCUUCCUCACCUUCAACGGCUCCGAUGUUCAGUCUAAGCUGCGUGACACUUACAAGAAAACGGGCGACGAGUUCAUGACUAACAGGAUCGUCACACAGGCAAAGGAAUAUCUGCCGGCUGAUAUUCAAGCUCAGUUCUCGACAAGCAGAGAACUGAUUAGAAAUAUCAACAACAGCUUCCAAAAGCUGCGGGACAGAGCUGAGAAAAUGGCAGAGCGCUCCAAGGAGAAUGCAACUGAUCUCCUUUUGUUUGGCAGAGAGCUCAGUACGCUGGGCUCAGAUGCUUCGACUCUUCCCUCCCUGGCCUCUUCACAAAGCACCUGGGGGACCCUGCGUCAGUCUCUGAAGAGCCUGUCUGUGGAGUUUGCCGUGCUAUCAGACAAAGCCGCUCAGCAGGGCAGACGGGAAGAGGAUGAUGUUGUGGAAAAACUGAAUCUUUUCUUGGAUUUGCUGCAGUCAUACAGAGAUCUCUGUGAGCGACAUGAGAAGGGCGUCCUCCACGAGCACCAGAGAGCUCUGCACAAGUACGGCAUGAUGAAGAGGCAGAUGAUGAGCGCCUCUGUGCAGCCCAAAGAGCAGGGAUCAGUGGAGCAGCUGGAAUCACGGAUUGUUCAGCAAGAAAAUGCCAUCCAGACCAUGGAGCUGCGGAACUACUUCUCCUUGUUCUGCCUUCAUCAAGAGACACAGCUUAUCUUCACCUACCUUCCAAUCACUUCACACAUUCUCGGGGCUUUCGUUAACUCCCAGGUCCAAGGACACAAAGAGAUGGGAGACGUGUGGAAUGAACUCCAGCCAAAGCUCGGGUGUCUCUUUGGUGGCAAUAAUGGAUUGAAGCCUUCCAUCUGAAGCCUAAAUGCCUGUAAGAUGAAGAUGAGAAUCACUGCCACUGAUGAAGAUCAAACUGGAAAAUAAAAAGCUCUGUGAGCUAAAGCAAAAAAAAAAAAAAGAAAAGCACAAUGAACAACUCUCCCUUCUAUUACACAGUGCUCAUUCGGUUCAGCAGGAGAAUUUUUAAUAUGUUGCUUCUCAAGUUUUGGGUUUGAUCAUCAGCGAUAUCACCUGCGAGGGACACAGGGUUUAUAAAUCUGUCAUUUUCCGCUCUGCUUGAUGGGAAUGCGGUGUCCAUUUCAGAAUCUACUUUUGCAAAAGGCUGGAAAAUCCUUCAAUGUGCCGUUUUACAAGGGUGACUGUGUAUUUAUACGUUCCAACUCAUUUGCUAAAGCACCUGUUUAUAACUUGCAAAAAAAAAGUUUUACACACUAAUAUAGUUGAAACAAACGGAGGUAAAAAAAAAAAAAAGUUUGACUUUAUUAAAGGAGGGGAUUAUUUUGAAUCUCCAUUUAUUACGGUUUUACUUACUGAAUAACUUUAGACCAAUGUAUUUUUAUACAGAUUCUAGUUUAUGAAGACGUGUAGUGGCAUACUUUAUAUUUUUUAUCAACACUGCUGUUUACCUUCAUGUAAAGCAACAUCUCAUCUCUGCUUCAAUUGUUUUGCAAAAAUCCCUGUAUGUAUAAUUUUAUAAGCUACCAACUGUACAAUACAACAAAAGGCAGAGAUUUGGGAUUUACUGACAAUAUCAUCACCUCUGGCACUAUAACACCAUAAGCUAUUGAUUAUUGCCAAAGAUAAAAGAAAUUCUCCUACAUGCACUCAUGUGAACUCAACAGGAUUCCUACAUGGCUCCGAUUUAGAAAUGAAUUCUUCAUCAUUUUUUACCUUCUAUAAAGAAAUCUAGGCCAUAUCACUCCACAGAAAAAGGAAUUCAUCUCCAGGACAAACACAAUCUGGAUAUUGCCGAAUUCCUUUUCCAUAUUCAGGCUCAUGAAUUGUCACCAUUUCAUAAACACUGAAAUGUCUGUGCUGACAUGAACGAUGUCAAUAAACAAAUCAGGACAUGUGCACAUGUAUUUUAUGAAAAAAAAACUUUAAUACUGUACAUACAGCAUGCAAGACAUUUGGCAAACAUCUUGAUUUGGGGUUGAAGUUUAAGGUGCACAGAAUACAAAACCCAAUGAAAUCAGAAUUGUAAAUAUUGUACAUAUUCCAUGGAAGAAUUCUGCUGAAUUGUCUUAAAUCGGUUAUAAUAAAAGAAAUGACAAAAUGGA